AUGAAUACAAAUACAAAUACAAAUACAAAUAUAAGUAGUAGUGGUAAUAAUAUCAUUAAUACACCCACCACUAAUAAUAAUAAUAAAAAUAAUAAUAAUAAUAAUAAUAAUAAUAAUAAUAGUAAUAAUAGUAAUAAUAAUAGUAGUAAUAAUAAUAAUAAUAAUAAUAAUGCGGUCGGAGUUAAAACUGGUAAAAAAGUGAAUUUAAAAGUUGAAACACCUGUUCAAAAUAAUGAAAAUAGUUAUUCAUUAACUACAAGUGGUACAUUUAAAGAAGGUGAUUUAUUAAUUAACAAAAAAGGAUUAUUAAUUAAAGGUGAAUCACCAAAAAACAGUUCAGUAAAUGAUAGAAAUAAAAAUAAAUCACUUCAUUCAAAUUUAAACCCACAGUUGUUAGCUUCACCAACUUCUUCUGAAAGUAUGGAUUUCAAUCAAGGAUUUUAUAACAACAACAACAACAACAAUAAUAAUAAUAAUAACAAUAAUCUUAAUAAUUUUAAUAAUCUUAUGAAUAAUGGUAUUGAUUCACCUCAACUAUCUGGUAUUUCAAUAUCAACACCAACUUCUUCACAUUCUUUUAAUAAUACAUUUACAAAUUAUUAUAAUAAUAAUAAUAAUUAUAAUAAUUAUAAUAAUAAUAAUAAUAGUAAUAAUAAUAAUAAUAAUUAUAAUAAUAGUAAUAAUAAUUUUAAUAAUUUUAAUAACUACAAUAAUUAUGGUAAUAAUAAUAAUUUCAAUAAUUUUAAUGCAUUACAAUCAUCAUCAAAUUCUUCAUUUGAUAUAAGUAGUAGUGGUAGUAGUAAUAAUUAUUUAAAUAAUAGUGCUAAUAAUCACCCACAUUAUGAUACAAAUUUAUCAUAUGAUUUAAAAGAUUUAAAAAUAAUAAGAGUAUUAGGAAGAGGAGCAGGUGGUGUUGUAAAGUUAGCAUAUCAUGAAACAUCUGGUACAUAUAUUGCAUUGAAAGUGAUAACAUUGGAUAUUCAAGAGAAUAUUAGAAAACAGAUUAUAUUGGAGCUAAAGACAUUACACAAGACCUCUUAUCCAUAUAUAGUUUCAUUUUAUGAUGCAUUCUAUACAGAGGGCUCAAUUUUCAUUGCAUUGGAAUUCAUGGAACUUGGAUCACUAAGUGAUAUCAUGAAGAAAACUUCGACCAUUCCUGAACCGGUUUUGGGUAAAAUCGCAUUUCAAGUGUUACAAGGUUUAGUUUACCUUCACAGAAAGUUACAUUUAAUUCAUCGUGAUAUUAAACCUUCAAAUAUUCUGGUAAACAAUAAAGGUGAAGCAAAGAUUGCAGAUUUCGGUGUUAGUGGUCAAUUACAACAUACUCUCUCAAAGGCUGUAACUUGGGUUGGUACUGUCACCUAUAUGUCUCCUGAACGUAUAAGUGGUAGGUCUUAUUCUUUCGAUUCUGAAAUUUGGAGUUUAGGUUUAACAAUUUUAGAAUGCGCAAUAGGUAAAUUCCCUUAUGGUUCUAAUUUACCACAUCAACAACAACAACCAUUACAACAACAGCAACAACAACAGCAACAACAACAACAACCAUUACAACAACAGCAACAACAACAGCAACAACAACAACAACCAUUACAAUUACAACUUCAAAAUUUAGAUAUAAAUAAUAGUAAUAACAAUAUAAGGAAUAGUAAUAAUAAUAAUAAUAAUAAUAAUAAUAAUAAUAAUAAUAAUAAUAAUAAUAAUAAUAAUAAUGUAUUAGAUAUAAGCAAUGGUGGAUUAGUUGAUAGUGGUAGUAGUGUACCAGAGGGUAUGGGAUUUUGGGUACUUUUAGAUUGUAUCGUAAAAGAAGAGGUACCAAUUUUACCAUCAACUUUUUCAAAGGAAUUUAGGUCAUUCAUUUCUGAAUGUUUACAAAAAGAACCAACUGAAAGACCAACAGCUUCAAACUUAUUAAAUCAUGAAUUUGUAAAGAAAUAUCAAAAUUUUAAUGUUGAAAAAUGGACAGCAAAUUUAAAACAACAACAAUAA